AUGGAGAUGCACUUCUAUAUGACGUACGUAGAAUGGAAAAAGAGUGGGGAAUGGAAUCCAAACAUCGCAUCAAAGGCCAAUUGGAUGAAACUUGCUUCAUACCUUAAUUGUACCUGGGAAAAGCAGUAUAGCUGGACCGUCUACCAUUCUAAGUUCACGCGCUUGAAGAAGAUUUGGCGUGCCUUUGCCAAGUUAAAAGUGAUUGAGAAAUAUACCAAAAACACCAGAUUUGCCUUAAUCUGUAAUCACGUCAACAAGAUUAUUCCAGCAGUUCAAUCGAGAUGUACACGAUUCCGCUUUGCUCCACUUGAAACUUAUCAUGUCAGUGAGCGGCUUAACCAUGUUAUUAAGGCUGAAGGGCUUGAUGUAACUGACAGUGGCCUGAAGGCUCUUGUACGGCUUUGCAAUGGAGAUAUGAGAAAGGCUUUGAAUAUUUUGCAGUCAACGCAUAUGGCUUCCCAGCAAAUAACUGAAGAAGCUGUGUACUUAUGCACUGGGAAUCCGUUGCCUAGAGAUAUCGAGCAGAUUUCACACUGGCUCCUGAAUGAGCCAUUUGCAGUUAGCUGGAGGAAAAUUUCUGAGAUCAAGACAAGAAAGGGCUUGGCCCUUGUGGAUAUUAUAAGAGAAGUAACCAUGUUUGUUUUUAGGAUCAGGUUGCCAUCGGAUGUUCGAGUUCAGCUGAUAAAUCAAAUGGCUGACAUUGAGUAUGUAUCAAUUCUGUUUCUGUUCUGUGAAUGUACACCGCAUUUUCUAGAUUAUACAACUUGGUGCUGUGGGUUUCCUUACGCAAACGAUUUGCUAAAUAGUCUUCAUCUCAUGAGUCCUGCGUGAACUAGCAACUUCAUGUUUCAAGUCCCAAUAAAAAUAAAUUUCAAGUUCACGACUUCAGUUUCUUCUGGUCCUUGAAGCAAUCACAUGCUAAUUUCUGAAGAAAGCACAAAACUAGAGUUAAAUGAUCCUAAACUGGUACUCAUUCAACGUCAAUAAUGUGCAUUCUUUUACCUAAAAUUUGAGCCGUGUGGAAAAAUUAA